AUGAACAAAGCUGAAGGUCGUGAGGAAGUAGCCUUUUUUAAUAAUAUGAAGCUGUGGCGAGCUGGAGCUGAGCACGCAGGAUUAACGGUGGAACGUUUUUUGCGAGAUUCCCAAAGGUGGGACUCUAGAGUGAUGCAAAAUUUACGAAAUCUGCAUUUUACCCAUCUUUCUCCAUACGAUCACGUGACCUUACCUAUUGGGAAAGGAUUUGCGUGGUUUCAUUGGCUGGGUGCAUCGCAUAAGUCUCAGCCCUUUAGGAAUUCUCUUGUUCACCCCGCAAAGACGUUCGUUCCCACUACUCAAAGAUGUCCACAUCGUCAAUCAAAUGAUGCAAGUCAAUCUCUCAGGAAGGAGCUGAUCGCUUUCACGAAUGGUCAACUGUCCCAGGCGAAUAAAGGGAUCACACAAACAAGUGUUGGGUUGCUCAAUGUUGAAAAGAAUAUUGAGAGCGCAAGAGACAACAUUAAGGAAACCGAAAGGAAUUUAAAAUCCAUUGGGACUAAAGUAUUCAAGCUUGAUCCAAGUUUCAUACCUGUUGUCAAUAUUCCAACCAAGGAUAAAUGGAUUGAAGCAAAAUAUGUUGGGUAA